GAAAUAGGAUGAUAACAUAAUACUCACUAAGCAUGACAGGGACGACAAGCAGGUCGUACAAGAUGUCGGCUACGCAGAGUCCGGACAGGAGGAGGUUGGGUGGUUCGUGCAGCCGCUCGUCCAACCACACUGUCCCGAUCACCGCAGUGUUCCCCAACAAGCACAGGGUCAGGACCACCAGAAACGCCGUGCCGAAGAUCAGAGGUAAGGACGGAAGUGGCGGUGCCGUGGUGACAUUCCAAGCCGUGCAGUUGACAGAGGUGAGGUUCUCCACGGUGCAGUUCCGCCCGGGCUCCAUCUCACCGGUCCCCUGGAAUCCACCCGCCCGUUACUGAUGACGAGAACACGCCAUGGCG